AAGGACCCGUUACGCGCAAAGCAGGUAACGGUGCUCGACCAAGUCGGAUCGGUUCAUCGUCGUUGCAUACUGCUCCGUCUUGUCUCUCGUCCUCGAGAGCUCGGUUCGCCCUCCGUACGAGGCAGGAGGAAGACACCGGAACUACAUCCAAAGCACGGAGUAGCGCGUGAGAGGUUGCGCGAAGACGUCAAACUUCUACCCUACGCUGUAGGCUGGAAUAGCAGACGACGAAUCCGUGCUUUCGAGAGCAGAAGGCAAAUCCGAAACAAGAAGUCCGGACUUAGUUCUUAAGCGCAGCUCCUGCGAGAGCGCGCUCUCCGCGUCGUCUGCAAGUGAGCGCCUGGGCCUUGUCGUCUGCUGCGGGUCAGGUGGAUAACAGUUGCUCGUCAACUACCCCGCACAGGGGGCCCCAAAGGACAGUGUCGUACUUGUGGCUGUGGCCUGAUUGAAACGAAGGUCCUAGAUAACUCCUCUAUAGGGCUGAUUUAAAAUCUUUUUUUCUUUGCUCGUGCGUCGUGAAAAAGGACACCAGCUCCAAGGAUCAAGCCUGUGUUACCCGUCGUCUGUCACGGUGUGUGUUAUACUGUGAAAGCUCCUGCCAGUCGGGUUAUCCGCCGCGUCGUAUCAGGACUACCUGUUCACCACUGGAUUCGGAAAGCAUAGCACGCAGUUCUCUUUCAUCAUGAAACCGAGGUGGAUGUUUCUUGCCUUAUUGGCAGCCUGGUGUGCCUCAAGUACAGUCGAUGCCAGGAGACCGCUGCGGAAAGUCAGUCUCACAAGCCCUUCGGUACCCAGCGGCGGCAACACGGGCAAGAAGAUCGUCUGUUACUUCACCAAUUGGGCACAGUACCGCCAGGGUGAUGGCAAGUUCCUGCCGGAGGACAUUGAUCCGACGCUGUGCACGCACAUCAUCUACGCCUUCGGCUGGAUGAAGAAGCACAAGCUGUCCUCCUUCGAUGCCUCCGACGACACCAAGAAUGGCAAGAAGGGCCUCUACGAGAGGGUCAUCGACCUCAAGAAGAAGAACCCUAACCUCAAGGUCCUUCUCGCUGUCGGCGGCUGGUCAUUCGGCACCCAGCGUUUCAAGGAGAUGGCGUCCAACAGCUACAACCGGCGGCUCUUCAUCUUCAGCGCGCUGAACUUCCUGCGCAGGCGCAAGUUCGACGGCCUGGACCUCGACUGGGAGUUCCCGCGUGGCACCGAAGACAAGAAGAACUUCGUCGAACUAGUCAAGGAACUGCGCGAAUCGUUCGAGGCCGAGUCGAAGGAGAAGAAGCUGCCCCGACUACUACUGACGGCCGCCGUGUCUGCCGGUGCCGAGACCAUCCGCGGAGGCUACGACGUGCCCGCGGUGGCCGCCUACGUGGACUUCCUCAACGUCAUGUCGUACGACUUCCACGGCAAGUGGGAGAGCAUGACGGGACACAACAGCCCGCUGUACGCCUCUGCGAACGAGACCACCUGGCGGAAGCAGCUCUGCAUGGACUUCGGCGUGAAGACGUGGGAGCGCCUGGGUGCUCCCAAGGACAAGAUCGUGGUGGGCACCGGCACCUACGGCCGCACGUUCACGCUGGCGAACCCCAAGAAUAACGGCAUGAACGCCCCGUCCUCGGGUGGAGGCGAUGCCGGAGAGUUCACCAAGGAGGCUGGCUUUCUCGCUUACUACGAGAUCUGUGAUAUGCUCAAGAAGGGCGCCGACUACGUGUGGGACGACGAGCAGCUUGUGCCUUAUGCCUACCUCGGAAACCAGUGGGUUGGCUUCGACGACGAGAGGAGUAUCAGGGCCAAGAUGAACUGGAUCAAGGCGAACGGAUAUGCCGGCGCCAUGGUGUGGACCGUGGAUAUGGACGACUUCCGAGGUCGCUGCACGCCCAAGACCUGGCCCCUGAUCGGAGCCAUGGCCGAAGAGCUUCUGAACAGGCCCAGCCGUGGACCCAAGAACGUGUUGCCCAUCGGCAAGAAGCCGCGCACCGUCUCUUCCAAGACAACAGCGACGACCGAGACCCCCGGCGCCGUCAAGAGGAUCGACAACCUCAAGCCGGCCCCAUCCACUCUGCCUGUCAAGGAUGAGGCUCCCGAACCUGACACCAACGCCCGCGUGGUCUGCUACUUCACCAACUGGUCGGCCAAGCGCAAGGGCAAGGGUCACUACGAGCCCGAGGACAUCGACCCGACGCUCUGCACGCAUGUCAUCUACGCGUUCGCCAACAUCAAGGAGUUCAAGAUUGUGUCCACCGAGCCCGUCGACGAAGGCGACGGCGGUGCCAAGAAGGGCUUCUGGGAGAGGAUCGUGGGCCUCAAGAAGAAGAACCCGCUGCUCAGGGUCAUGCUGGCCGUCGGCGGUUGGAUGCUGGGAUCCGCGCCCUUCAGGGAGGUCACCGAGAACACCUACAGGCAAUCCCUGUUCGUGUUCAACGCCAUCGACUUUCUGCGGGAGAAGGGCUUCGACGGCCUCGACGUGGACUGGGAAUUCCCUCGUGGUGUUGAGGACAAGAAGAGACUGGCUGGACUCAUCAAGGAGCUGCGCGUAGCCUUCGACGGCGAGGCGCUGGCGUCGAAGAAGCCCAGGCUCAUCCUUUCGAUGGCAGCACCGGCCAGCUUCGAGGCCAUCUCCGCUGGAUACGACGUCGAGGAGUUGAACAAGCACGUGGACAUGAUCAACAUGAUGACGUACGACUUCCACGGAGACUGGGAACGCCAGGUGGGACAUCACAGCCCGCUGUUCCCGCUCUACACAGCCAGCAACUUCCAGAAAAAGCUCACUGUGGACUUCAGUGCGGGUGAGUGGGUGCGCAAGGGUGCCAGCAAGGAGAAGCUGCUGGUGGGCAUCCCGACGUACGGGCGCACCUUCACGCUGGGCGACAACAACCUCACCGACAUCGGGGCGCCAUCCAUCGCCGGUGGGAAGCCCGGAAACUACACGGGAGAGACGGGCUUCCUCUCCUUCUUCGAGAUCUGCGAUCUCCUGCGAUCCGGAGCAACGCUUGUCUGGGACAACGAGCAGAUGGUUCCUUACGCCUACAAGGAUGACCAGUGGGUCGGCUUCGAUGACCAGAGAAGCCUCAAGCUCAAGGUCCAGUGGCUGAAACAGGCCGGCUACGGAGGAGUCAUGGUCUGGUCUGUAGACCUCGACGACUUCAAAGGCACAUGCACUGGCCAAAGCUACCCGCUGCUGACGGCCAUCAAAGAGGAGCUGAAGGGAUACAAGGUUGCCAACCUGGAAGUGGCCUCCUCCAACGUCUACAACUCUUACGGACAGCUCGUCGAUCCCGACGAGGUUGUGUGUGACGAGGAGGACGGCCACAUCAGCUACCACCUGGACAAGAAGGACUGCACCAUGUACUACAUGUGCGAGGGAAAGCGGCGCCACCACAUGCCAUGCCCCACGAACCUCGUGUUCAACCUUAACGAGAGCGUGUGCGACUGGCCCGAGAACGUCGAUGACUGCAAGCACGUCGCCAAGAAGUCCUAGUAGUCCAGCCCGUCUCGCGUCUUUGCAAAUUUCGCUACCUUGUCGCCGUCGUCGCCCUCGUCGCCUCAACUGAACAGCGUAUCGCCGCGUAGCACUUUGUGGAAUUGUGUUUUGCGGUGCUACCAACCCGAUCACAGAAACUUUCGCUGGCGUUCUGUAGCUCUUUCACAGGCUGCAUUAGUUUCGGCAUUCUAUUAUUGAUUGACGAAGUGGCCUUCCGGCAAAGAAGUCGAUCGUCAUUGCCGCAGCGUACUCGGCUUCAAAUUUAUCAAUUGGGUGGGCAUAGGCAGCCAUGAAUUUUAGGUCACAGAUGAAGACGUUGCUCCAUCAAUGAACAAGAUGCACCCUGGGCACACCGAGUUCGUUUGAACAAUAACUAGAUUUGCCACUAGUAAGACAAGGUAUAAAAAAGUCCACUUUGGAAUGAAGGCUCUGGCCACUAGAAUCGCUGGGCGGUUGGUGCGCGCGCUCUUCACUAUUUCGAGAACAUUUUGUGCACCAGAAGGCACGACUUCAUAAUUCGUUUAUUCACUUGCGAAACAGCGGGCUUAGUAAGCAAGAAAUAUCUGCUUUGGGAGCACAGAGGUCACUUGAAUAGCAUGACAUCACAAAUACUAUGCAGCAUUUCUGGGGCGUUAGUGGAAUUCAUGCAAUAUUUCCUCUAAAGCGAAGAAGGGCAAAUUUUUGUUGCUGGCAAUACAGCCAGAACUCAUCUCCUUUGUACUUGGAAACGUUUUUAGUCUCACUUAAAGCACGUCUUAUUUCUUUAUGCAUUUGCACUGACGUUUAAAUUGAGCUACAAUAUUUCCCAUGAGGCUUGCACGCGACGACGGCCGACAAUAAUAAGCAUCGGAAGUGAAUCUCUCUAGGCGGUGGAACGGGUGACAUGCUUGGUUAUCCAGCACCGUUUUUUGUUGACGCGAACUGCCUUCGUGUCGAUUAAUACACGUUUGCGUCGGAGCGUGGAUAUAGUGGUCCGCAAAAUAAUAAAACAAGGCAAGCUACGCAUUUCAGAAUUGUAGCCCGAAAGUCAUGACCCAAAUGCUGUUUCGGAGAGGUCGGCAAUCGCGAGCGCUGUGGCGCGAUUAUCGAGAAACGCUUAUAAUUGCGUCACCUGCUGUUGCCGCCUAAGAAUCUCGAUUUUAGGCAUUUCUUGAUGUAGAAAGUGUGCCUGAGAUUUUUGCUUUGUUUCUUAGGAUUAUUGUGCUAUUUAGAUGAUAGCAAAAUGCAAAUAACGAGCUGUGCAAGCGUACUAUCGUGGACAGACGAAAUUCGCUAGAGAUAAUCAGUAGAAAAUCAGGAAACUUUCGAGAUAUUGUUCAGUGUAGAAACCUAAAGUGUCCUGAAUAAAUGUUCUUGUGAUACGGAGUUGUGUGCAGGGUUCAGUGCCCGAUUACAUAGGUUUGAGUUAAUCAAACCCGCGUGCUCUUAACUCCUCACAAUUGAAUACUAGUGCUCGCAUUUUGUUUGUCCACGAUAGUACAUACGAAAAGCAUUGAAAUUGUAUACCUUUAGUUUUUCUUCCAUCUGUCCCCCCAUGUGUCACAGUCGUCGACAAAGCCUGGCACUUGACAAAUGAGUUAGGGGCGAUGCUCAAGUGACGUGCAACCGCAAUCGUCAAGUGAGUAAUGGCCCAUAUUGAGAGACAAUGUGCCUUAAGUAUAUACAUGUGACAUACACACAGUGGCCAAUGUCCCAGCAGCCGCAUGUCUCAAACUGAACGUUCUAACCUAGAAAAAGCUGCCCUGUGGCAAGUAGAACUUGGAAUUAUGCUAGAACGAGCCGGUACUUAAAUACAUUCAUCAUGUUUUUUUUACAAUCAGUAAAUUGAAAUUUAACUGCAUUGCCGUUUGCUCAGUGAACUGGUCCUGUGAAAUGUUUUUCGUGAGCGUUCACUGAAGUUUUCAUUGAAGCUUCUUCCCAUGAAUAUUUUCGUAAAGACUUCUUUGGUCUCAAGACAAAGUGAAAUAUGACUUGUAGUUAACAUAAAUGAGCAAGGCCACAAUAACACACCCCAAACAUGAUCAUUCCUAAGACGGAACUGACUCCUGAGCAGUGCGCAUUUUAAAUUGUUUUAUUUCUUCUUUAUUGACUGCCAUAUUGUGUAAUAAUGUUCUUUUAGUGCUUGAUUGAACUCAAGGUUUUUCGUUGUUUUGAUGGCACAUGAAGUUAUGUGCAAAGGUUGCAGUGAAAUUAUUAACUUUCAUAGAAGUAUGGUGCUCAAAAAAUGUUACGUUACUACACUCCGCAGACCGCAGCCGAUGUAGAGCCAGCUUAGGCACUGCCUUUCAUGUAGCGUAGUUGAGCGCUGAAAACACGCUGUGCCACUGAGCUGGCACGUGACCAGUGAAUGUAUGGAUGCAGAAUAUCAGGCUUCUUCUGAGAAAUGCAUCGCACCUGUAUGUUUAGACUAGUGUGGCGGAAGGGACGUCAAGGUUUAAGAAAAACAAAGUGACUUGAAAGAUCUUUUGACUCAGACAUCGUCAUCAGGAGGUGUUGGCUAAGUUUGUUUUGGAGGAGACAGGAAGAAGCAAAGUUUGUUAUACAUAUUAUACAUUUAUGUAUUGUUUUAAUACGUUGCAAGAGUAUUUUGUGUUGUAAAAGACAUUUCGUGCUAGUGUAGAAUGCGUGUGCAACAAUCUAUAUUUCUGACGUGAGGAAACGUGGAACAGGUGUCAACGUUUUGGGGGACAUCGUAUUCCGCCAAUGCAUCUACAUAUCUAUUCCCUCUUUAACUUCUUUUACGUCGUUUUUGUCACGAACUACUUAAUUUCGCCCGCUGCAGAUUGAGGGUCGGUAGAUGAUGAGCACCAGCUUAUCUCAAGAUCAAUACUUCUUGAUUACGUGACAAGCUACUUGAUCUUUCCUCUCUAUUUUUUCCGUUUGUUAGUUGCAGACAAUGCUUUCUUUUGCGCGAAAAGCAUUUAUUCUUGAAAGCCAUUUCCGAACCUACCUUCCAAAACUACUCGUCGUAGGUAUUGCGUAUGUGCUGUGUAUGGUUGUUUCUAUGAAUUCCCCCCCAAAUAGGCAGUUUUUUGUCGUUUAGAUAACAAACCAAGCAUGAUCUGCCAGUCACCAGAGGAAAAAAAAACGAAUGUUUUGUCUCAUGUUCGCAAUGCUCAAAACGGUUGACCCUGCCUUGCUGAGAAAGUAUUUUUUUACGGUACCUUUCGUGGGCCUUGAAAUAAAGCGCCCUAUCUCAGCGAAGUUAAUCUUACAAAGUGCCGACGGUAUUACGCGCAGAAGAACGGGGCGCGCGUUGUUGUGAAAUAUGCUGUGCUUAAAGUUCAGCAUAGCACCCACAUCUGCAGGUUCGCUUUGUUAAUUUCUGCAUGACCUGGUGCACUAUCCAAAGAAAGCAAAUCACCUUUAAACGUGGAAACUAACUAAAACGCGAGCAUAAACAGCGACAAUAAUUAACCCAAAAUCAAUUUCCCGCUUCAGUAUUCAAGUGCUAGGAAAACUUUAUGUAAGUGAGGAACUUUAGAACGGUAUCUGACAGAAAAAAAUCCAGUUGGCUGAAUAAAGCCGACGACUAAUGAAAUGUAAUAUAACGCAUUGCACCCAUACGUGGAAUAACAAUAUCAAAUAUUUUCCUAGAUGGCAGGUCCAGGUGCUUGCGUUUGUUUGAACAUAUCGCCUCAAUCGUAUUUCUUCGGUCUUGGAACGCCGUCGAGAACCAUGCGUGCGUUUUGAAGGGACCAGACGUUUCUAGGCCUGCUUGUAUUCAAGGGAAUACUUUCAUUGCAAAACUAAUAGAAAGAACACAAAAUAAAUGUUAAUAUAUUUACCACCGGCAGACGAAAUGUUCGAAAGUCUGCAAGUUUCUCUUAGGCCUUUUAUUCGUGUGAUUAGCACAAGAAUGACUACUGCCUGUGACACCCUGCUGGAUCAGAAUUGCAAAAAAAGUUGUUUUACGAAUUCAAGAAUUUUCAGGCAAAGGGGCGAGGAAGAAUGUUACGUUUUGUUUGUUUCACUUUAGAAACUUGCACGUCAUACGGGAAGUGUCACUUUUGGCAGUACGGAAAAGACUUAGGUACCUCUAUUCAAGUUCAGGUCUCAUCAGCUCUGUCCUGGUGCCCUAUUUGCUGAAUGUGACAAUUUACCAUAAGCCGAAUGAGUGAUGUCAACCCCCCCCCCCCUCCCCCAAAGCUUCGAAACAAACAACAACAACAACAGCAAUAGGUUUGCCGUUUAGAGACGGCGUACAGGAUAGCUUAAGUGACAGUUGUUUAGGAAAAGAUACCAAGCGUACAUUUGUCUUGUCUCACGAAAAGUAGGGUGUUUUCUUUUAAUUGAAAAACCCUAUUGGUAUCCAGCCUGGGGCAUGCCUGGUAUGCAACUGGGGCAGAAUAAUGGCAUGAAUACAUGCGGAAUAUCUUUCGUGCCCAUAUAUGUCUGGUUUAGCGAGUCAUGUUGUCCUUCUCUUCUGUGACAAAUUUGAACAAAUAUUUCGCUCUUGUCGCCCCAUUUACGAGUUAGGUGUUCGCUUUCAGUGUGAACGAUCGCCUCGUGUAUUUUCCACAACGCGUAUAAGGCUUGGCACCAGGGCUGACAAUUGGGCCCCACGACAAGGAGACAAGAGUUCGCUCGGCGAAAGUCUCUAUGUCAGAGUUUCUUAUUUAUUAUCGCGCAUACCGCCUAUGACACUUUGCAGAUUGGGUGUGCUUUUUAUCUUGUUUGUGUUUUAUCUUCUUCUCAACGUUGUCCCUAUACCGUGUCGCGCUGUGUGCUCCGAGCGGCGUGUGUGGGUCUCGCUCGACGAGGUCUCGGCACUCGAGCUUCUGUACAAAGUCGGCUGCCAUCUGAGAGAAAGAAAGCGAAUAAAUACAAACAAAAACACCAAA